AGAACAUGGGUAGAUUGUAGCGUAGAAAUGACUCGAACAUGGCGACUGUAUGGUUUCACUUUCUCUCUCCAAAAGCAGAUUAGAAUUAAGAGAGAGAAACACUAACACCCACCCACACUUUUUCCUUUCAUUUCUUCUCCCUCUCAAUUUCCCUCUCGAUUCUAUCGCCUUUACUUUCGAUCCUUUUCCUACAACAGAACCCUAUUCUCCUCUUUCUCUUUUUUUUCUUCCUCUUUCUUAAAUUCUCUUCAUUUUCUUCCAUUUUAUCUAUUUUUUCUUCCUGAUGCAAACUGAUUUCUCCAACUAAAUUGUUGGAUUCAUUCAUAACUCUAUUUGCUAGCUGAUUAUAACCUGUGGUAUCCUGCACCCAUGAGCCUCUGAAAUGUGGUUAUGCCUGCAUCUGUGAAUUAAAGUGAUUAGGCAUAUGCACUUCUCCCUGUCAUUUUCUAAGAGGAAUCUGAAUCUGCUACUUUAUUCUUUCUGAAUAAAUAACAGGUUCUGUUGGUGUUUCGAAAAUGGCAAAAGGAAGCAGGGGACGAUACAGGAUUUCUUCUCGUCAGUACAGGCUGACUCCAUACCCACUGGCUCGAUGCAAAACGGAUAUUUGUGAGGAAAUGUGCCAAAAGAAAUGCUCUAAAGCAUUGGAUAAGAAAGAGUGCGAAGAUGUAACAUGUUCUGUGUGCAUGGAAUAUCCACACAAUGCCGUUCUUCUUCUUUGUUCUUCUCAUGACAAGGGUUGCCGUCCCUAUAUGUGCGGAACUAGCCUUCGUCAUUCCAACUGCCUUGAUCAGUACAAGAAAGCUUACACCAAAGUAAUUUCAGCACGUAAUGGACAGAACGUACUGGGCAGUCCAUUUGUGCACCAUGAUUUGAACGUACCUGAUGAGAAGAAUGAAGUUACUGAACUUGCUUGCCCCCUAUGUAGGGGUCAGGUUAAAGGUUGGACAGUUGUGGAACCUGUGCGGGACUAUCUCAACGAAAAGGAAAGAAGCUGCAUGCAGGAAGACUGCUUGUUCGUUGGGAGCUAUAAGGAGUUGAAGAAGCAUGUUCGGGCAGAGCAUCCUUUGGCACGUCCACGGACAGUAGAUCCUGAUGAUGAGCAGAAAUGGAGAUGGCUUGAGUGGGAGCGUGAACGUGAAGAUGUUAUCAGUACAGUGACAUCAGCCAUGCCAGGGGCAGUGGUUUUUGGAGAUUAUGUUAUAGAAGGUCGCCAUAAUAAUGACUUCGAUUCAGAUGAUGAGGAAGGUGCUCUUGAAGCAGGUAAUGGAGAUAGAAAUGGUAGAUUUCAGAUGGGUAUGGAAGCUAUGAAUUUCUUCCUCCUGUUACAUGCAGUUCGGCAGGGGAAUGAUCUCAACAGCAUAAGUAGACGGAUGAGGCCCGAGCUGGCCCCCAAUAGGUUAACCAAUCAGAAUGAGGACAAUGAGCUGGAUGUCAUACUGGAUGUCUCGGAUGAUGAUAAUGAUGAUGGAAGGUACAAUGAAGGCAAUGACGAUGGUGUAUCCCUGGUUAGCCGGCUCCGGCGGCAGGGUGGUGGCAGAGUUCUGUUGAAUCGUUCAGGCAGGAGGCGUAGGCGUAGAGAAGCACAAUCAACAAUGGAAGGAAGUUGAUGAUUAUGCACAGAGGAGGUUGGAAAGGGGCAAGUUUCUUAGGUAUAUAUUAGUUCAGAAAAUUCAGCACAGCCAUUAGUGGUGGGUGGCUUUAAUAACAUUGAAAGGGUUUUUCUUUCGGAAGAAGGAAAAUCAGAAGAUGGGCAUUUUUAUUUGUUGUAAUUUGUCUUUCAUGUACAUGUACAUUCCUUACCUUCCUCCUAUAGUCUUUAUUGCUUUUGCACAUUAUAAUGUGAAUUUCACUCAUGUAAACAUUUGAUUGUAUGAAAAUCUUUGGCAAGAAUUUGAUUGCCAUGAAAGGCUCUCAGGAUUGAGCAGUUGCAAAUUUA